GAAUAAUUAGAACUACUUGCGAGGAUCUUGAAAAAAAAAUACUGAUAUCGUCCUUGGUUUAGAGACUACAUUUCCAUCAAGCAAGAAAACUAAACACAUCAAAUAAAAUAAGAGUUUCAGCAAUGAAUGCUGAACCGGAAAAUGAGGGGGGAGCAAACAGGUCGCAGCGCCCCAACAACCCUCUGUUUAACAUGAGAGAGAGGCUGUUUCACGCCUUGUUUUACAGAGUGGCUUUGACCUAUGCCCGGGCCUUUCCUAAACCCGUCCGCAGGAUUCUGGAGUUUGCCAUCCUGGUCAAGGCUCUUCUUGUACUUGGAAUACUUGCCUACAUACACAUUGUCUUUGCUCGUACACCAAUGAACUGCUUGGCCAAUGUGCAGAGCACAUGGCCAAGAAAUGGAAUACUCCGAGUGGAAAUAGUCCACAAUGCCUCAGAAAACUACAGCAUAAUCAACUCCUACGAAAAGGAAUACUCCGACUUCACCCUGCACUUCUUCAACGAGGACAGCGAGGUGGAUCAUGAGGAAGAAACGGCUUCCUCACCAAACAUGGAGGACAAGGACGGGCAUUUUGAGGAGCAUAUUGGUGAGGAUGAAACGGAAGGAACAUCAGGGCAUCAUAGUGAGGAGAAGGGAACAGACAAACCUUCAUUAGCUGCUGAAAUAGACACACAUUUAGCAGGGUCCACAGAGGAACAGGCUAGACAUAACAAUACAAGUCAGGCUGCCAAGGACAUCUCCAACCAGACUAUCAAAAGCUCAGGAUUACCUCAAGCUGAUGAUAAAAGGGCCAGUUUUACUGAUGAUUCACAUAUAGCCGUGGAGGGAAACACGACAUACAGUCCGCCGGAGGACCCCCAUACGUUUGAAACACAGGCUUAUCACCUCUCAGAGAUCGAAAUGUUGGCCAAAGUGGUAUGGCCCGAGGAAAAAUACAUUGUGGAGUAUGCCUUGGAGUAUGGAUUUUUGAGAUUGUCCCCCAAAACCCGACAGAGACUGAACAUCACUGUCAUGUUGGUCACUCUGGAUCCUGAGAAGGAGACAUGUUUUGGGGACAGCAUUAGUCGCUUCCUGUUGGCCGAGUUCCUGGGAUAUGAUGACAUUCUGAUGUCCAGCAUCAAACAACUGGCCGAGAAGGAGGACAACAAAGGUUACCUGAGGAAUGUGGUGACAGGUGAACACUACCGCUUUGUCAGUAUGUGGAUGGCCAGAAGUUCCUACCUGGCUGCAGCCUUUAUCAUGCUUGUCUUCACUGUCUGUGUUUCCACACUGCUGAGAUAUUCUCAUCAUCAGAUUUUUAUCUUUAUUGUGGACCUGCUGCAGAUGUUGGAGAUGAACAUCACUAUUGCAUUCCCGGCCGCUCCACUUCUUACAGUGAUCCUGGCUCUUGUGGGAAUGGAGGCUAUAAUGACCGAGUUUUUUAACGACACGACGACGGCAUUCUACAUCAUCCUGAUUGUGUGGAUUGCUGACCAGUAUGACGCCAUCUGUUGCCAUACCAACAUCAGUAAACGACACUGGCUCAGGUUUUUCUACCUGUACCAUUUUGCAUUUUAUGCCUACCACUACAGAUUCAACGGCCAAUACAGCGGACUGGCUCUGUUUACAUCUUGGUUAUUUAUACAGCAUUCGAUGUUGUAUUUCUUCCACCACUAUGAGCUGCCCGCCAUUUUACAGCAGGAAAGAAUUCAACAGAUUGUUACAAACCAACAAAACAACCAGGGGACCCAGACACAGAUCGGAAACAACGCACAACCAGACGCCAACCACAACACGGAGCAAAUCACAGCAACAAACAACACGUCAGGCAAUACAGCAACAGACAACACGACUCGCACUACAGCAACAUCGAACAACAGAGAGCUUUCUCCAGCAACAAACGAAGAGCAAACUUCAGCAGCACUCAGCAAUUUACACAACACCAACCAAGAUUCUCCUCAAACCAAUUCCUCAGAAAAUGCAACACAAAAUACAGCGACAACCAUUGCAACACAUAAUUGCACUGCAAACAAUGGCAAACCACAGCAGAGUAGCAUAGCAAGCAAGCAACAGUCAGCAUCUGCAGGAAUAGCAAACACAGGCAACACAGAACAGAACUUUGCAGGUCAGAGUAGUUACAGACAACUUGACCAUACAGACAAACCUGAGACACCCAAUGAGGGUGGUCAUCUGUCUGAUAAUCAACAAACUGACUCUGUCCCCUCCAAAAUUAGUGCUCAACCUCUCAGUGACGGUACAAAUUCAGUAAAUUUGAAUCCACAAGGAACUGUGUCGGAUGAAAACACAUCUGUGAAAAACUUUGGGGACAUGAAGCAUAGUGGUGCAGGGGAGAAGAGUUCUAUGUUAAUGUCUGUAGACAGGGACUCAGUCAGAGGGGAGUCUGGUGCUGGUAGGAACGGUGAGCAGUGUGGUGGGAGCUCACUUAACAGUAACAGUUGUAGUGGUGUGGACUUGAGCUCGAGUAGUGGAGAACUGUCCCACUCAGUGUGUUCACAGGAUACCAAAGACUCGGAGCAGACGGGCAACAGUUGACGGGGGCCACACACCCCUGUGACCCACAGUGCAAUGAUGUGUAUAUUCUGUAAUACCCAGAUCUUUCGCUUUUACCCGAUUACUGUCUGUUGUGAGCUGUAGUGCCUGUGUGCUGAAUUUAUUCUGUGAUAAGAGUAAAUAUAUAUACAUGAAUUGUACAGACUUUGACAAUUGUACAUGUGUAACUGUUGGUAAGUUUGUCUUUUAAUUGUAUGGACACAUUAUUUGUCAGAGUGUGGUAUGGGUCGGGAUGAAAGAGAAGGAAGGAGCUAAACAAAGUGAUUGAAAUAAAACAUGCUAAUCCAACCA